UUAAGCUUUGGACGCCAGCGGCUCACACACUUACGCACACACACUCCUCCACUCGGAGCAAGACGCGGAACACUAACCCUCGUCCCUAAAACCCGGCCAAUCAUGCGACUACCACCUUCCCGGGGAAGCUCUGCAGGUUCCCCAGCCUCGCUUGGACCAUCACCUGGAAGCUAAGAAGCUAGUUUUCCCGAUUUAUUUCCGAGUUUAGCGCUCCUUCUUUCCAGUGUGUCUGCUAUUUCUUUGUCACCCACAAGGGGGUGUGGCGUCUAUCCCAACCGGGAAGCUCGCUUUCAGCCUUUAUCGACACCGACGGAGGUAGCGAAACGUCGCCCGAGGCAAAGCGUCGUCCCGUGGGUCAUCUUCUCAUCCCCCACGAACACACGGAGGAGGUCGGAGGAAGGCGAGGAGGUUGGCCUCCUGGUGGAGGACGGGAGCUAAAAUCUGUCAACAGUAGACGGCGUGAAGAUGACGAUGUCCGUCCCGGAGAGGAAAUCGGGAUCGGAGGGAAAAGAGGAGGAGAGCGAGGAUGAGAGCGAGAUCCUGGAAGAAAGCCCUUGUGGAAGAUGGCAGAAGCGCAAAGAACAGGUGAGCCAGGGCAACGUCCCAGGUGUAGAAAGUGCCUCCCUUGCCAUGGACACAGAAGAAGGAGUGGAGGUGGUGUGGAACGAGGUGCUUUUCUCCGACAAGAAGGUCUUCAAAGCUCAGGAGGAGAAGAUCAAGGAGAUGUUUGAGAACCUCAUGCAGGUGGAGCACCCCAACAUUGUCAAGUUCCACAAGUACUGGCUUGAUAUGAAGGAAAGUCAGGCUCGGGUCAUCUUCAUUACCGAAUACAUGUCGUCGGGCAGCCUCAAGCAGUUUCUGAAGAAAACCAAAAAGAACCACAAGACCAUGAACGUAAAGGCCUGGAAAAGGUGGUGCACGCAGAUCCUCUCUGCCCUCAGUUACCUGCACUCGUGCGAUCCGCCAAUCAUCCACGGCAACCUGACGUGCGACACCAUCUUCAUCCAGCACAACGGACUCAUCAAGAUCGGCUCAGUGUGGCAUCGGCUCUUUGUUAACGUUUUCCCAGACGCCAACGUCCAGGGAAAGGGGAGGCAACACCGUGGCGAGCAGAGGAAUCUUCAUUUUUUUGCACCAGAAUAUGGCGCCGGCGAAGAUGAUUAUGCCAUCGACAUCUUCUCCUUCGGCAUCUGCGCUCUGGAGAUGGCAGUGUUGGAGAUCCAGGCUAACGGAGAUGUUGCCGUCUCCAAGGAGGCCAUCGUCAACGCCGGCCAAUCCCUGGAGGACCCUCUCAUGAGAGAGUUUACGCAGUCGUGUUUGCACCCCGACGCCAAGCUCCGACCGACCGCCCACGACCUCCUCUUCCACCGCGUCCUGUUUGAGGUGCACUCCCUUAAACUGUUGGCCGCCCACUGCCUCAUCAGCAACCAGUACUUGCUUCCCGAGAACUGCGUGGAAGAGAGGACCAAGUCCUUCGACCCGAACGCCGUCAUGGCCGAGAUUAAGCAUGAAGACAGGCUCGGUGUUCAACUAAAGUACUCCCACGUGUCCCCUUUGGAGCUGGACAAGUUUCUGGAGGACGUCAAGAACGGGAUUUACCCCUUGAUGAACUUCGCCUCGUCCCGGCCCCACCCCGUCCCCCGUGCCCUCUCCUUGUCUCAGGAGCAGGUGGAGACGGUCAAGACGCCCACGCCGGAGCCGCAGGAGACCGAGAGCAGGAAGGUCAUCCAGAUGCACUGCAACUUGGAGUCAAAUGAGGAAGGGACCAAAACUCAUGUGAGUCACGUUGUACAGCAGCUUUCUUUAUUUCUCAAGAUGGACGACAAACUUCACCGCCAGCUUAGCUGUGACAUCCUCCCCACCGACACAUCCAAAGACCUCGCCAGCGAACUAGUUCACUACGCCUUCAUAAAUGAGGAGGACAUUGAGAAGGUGGCCGGGUUCCUGGAGGACGCUAUCAAGCGACACCGGCUACGGGCUCUGGCUUCUGGGAGCAUGCAGUGAGCGGAAGUCACAGUAGCUCCAGGACGGACGGCAAUCAGGGCCUUUGAGGGGCUUUUUAUGGCGGCCGACAGCUGGAAACAGAGGAAGCGGCAGCAACACUGAGGGAUGUGAAGAAACCCAAAGCAGGCUCAAGGAAGACGUCACGGCGACCGGCAAAGAAGGGAACAGGAGGACCGGGUGACGGUUGCGUUGGGAUCGAUUCCCUCCGAAGGGCGCAUUUGCCUUUAAACGUGUCAUUUCCGUGCCGGAUGCCAACAUUCUCAACAUCCAGCCAUCUUGUUGUCAAACGAAUGUUUUACUACGCGCCAUUUUUGCACUCCAGUGUCCACAAUGGCCAAUCUCCCUUUUUUUGACGUACUCCAUCCAUCAUGCACUGAUAACAUUCAUUCACCGUGGACUUAUUUAUUAUCGCGAAGCAACGCACAAGGUUGUCAUGUCGAUUUGCGCUCGCUGCAUUUCCUUUUAGCCUGCAGUGCUCUUAAGGGCUUUUCCCCUCUAAAAUUGUUUUCAGUGCCAAAGAAUUGUUGCAAAGUGCCUGAUAUGGCAACUGAACAUUUUAAGACUAAUAAACUACCGUAUUUUCCGGACUAUAAGGCGCACCGGACUAUAAGGCGCACCUUCAAUGAAUGGCCCAUUUUAAAACUUUGUACUUAUAUAAGGCGCACCGGACUAUAAGGCGCACCAUUAAUGCAUCAUGUCAGAUUUUUAAUCCAAAUCAAAUCAUUCUCUAUUUAUCAUUUCUAUUUCAACUUCAGACGCAACAAAUUAAUUUAUAAUCACAAAAUAAUGAUCCAUAGUCAUUUUGAUUCAUAGUCUUCAGUGGGCCACUUAUGAUUGAUUUCAUGACACAAUGCUUUGGGCCAGUUUAGAUUUAGGAAUUUAGUCCAUAUAUAAGGCGCACCGGACUAUAAGGCUUUUGAGAAAGUUUUAGGUUUUUAGGUGCGCCUUAUAGUCCGGGAAAUACGGUAAUUGGGAAAGGAUAACAUUGAAGUGCAUCUUAAAAAAAAAAAAGGUAGACCUCAAUUCACUACUCCCCGCUAAUCCAACAAUAAUUGACACUGUGACUAAAAAGGUCUAAAAUUGCCGAUAGAUGCCACAAGAUGGCGGAAAAGCACAACUUUUCUAUUUGACAUGGUUAAGAGCUCCUCCCCUGAUGUGAAUGUGCAAAUGAACUUCAACUUGCCUCCUGUGUUGGAUGUAAAUAUCAUUUGGAGUCAUUGACACUUAAAAUCAUGAUGAUUUGCUCACCAGUGUAAUUCUUUUGCUUUAUUUUUCUGUUGCCCUGUUUGUUUUGUCUUGAUUUCAUUGAGAAAUGAUCAUCUGUCCAAAUUUUUAUUCAGUUUUUUUGUAGUAGUUGAAUCAGUACAGUACUGCUAUGAUAUGCAUAAUAUUUACAUAUUAUUAUUAAUAUUGGAGCCCAGUUGCAUUCAUCGUUUCUUCUUCCAACAAACAAAUUGUGUCCUGAAUGUUUAUUUGAUGUCCCCUCAAAACUAUUUCUAUAGUGAAUACUUGGAAAGUUAGGAAGAAAAAAAAACAUCAGUUACAUCAAUUAACAUCAAUUUUGGUGGACAACACACAAAAAAAGUUUCAGUGACCAAAUUAAACAGGAAGUUGUCCAUUUUAGUUUGAAGUAGCCAUUUCAGAUGAACUUCGAUGUGAAAGGGGCCUGGUUGGAAAAAGAAAUUAGCCCAUAACACCAGUUUUAUCCAUCGACAUGAAAUUUGGUGAAGAUAUGGUUGUAAAUUGUCUCCACUGGUUUUGUCUUUGUUCUGUCAAUUCCAAAUUUAAUAACAGACUGUACAGUGGCUGUUUUGAGUUUUAGUUUGCCUAUCGCUGCAGAUGGGAACCCAGAAUCUUCCCCAACCUUCCAUACAGGCUGUGCAGUAUACUAUUUCUAUGUGGCUUAUAGUUUACGAAGGAUCCUACUCCAAUGUGAGAGCUCUUGCUCUUCUACCACCUUGUAAGCUGCAUGUUUGCAUACAUGGUACAAUAAUAAUUGAAGAAAAACAUUCACAUCGGUCUUAUCAGACAAGACUGUUGUAUGAAACUUGCCUUUGGAUGUGCUCUACUUAAUUAAGCAUUUGUAAUAUAUUGUAGCAAUGGCAGAUAAAUAAACUUGUGACAUGUUCA